AACUUGGGUUGUUUUUAACCCAGCAUUUUUUAGAGUGUAGUUAUCUGCUCCAUCUUGCUUCUGUAAGAUUUGAAUAUUUCCUCGUGUGUGAUUUCUGUGCAUGUCACGUGUCAUUUCUCAACACGAGAGAAACUGUGAAGUUAAACAAGCAGCGACCCUGUUCACACACAACUCAACACACUUUCACUCUCUUCAUCUGAUAAAAUAAUUCUGCUUGGGAAGCAAUAACACAUUGUGAUAAUUCUCAGCAGAUGUGAGCAUGCCUUAGCAAGUUAACAAGAGUCCGUGGGGAGCGUGGACAGCGUGAAGGAGAGAGGAAGAGGCCUACUAGCCUGCGGUUUGUGUACAGGGUUCCCCAGUGUUUCUCAAACCUGGCAGCAAAGUCUGGAGCUCGUCCAGUGUCUAUAUACACACACCAGCACAGGGCUCGAAGAUGCAAGUGGAAGAAGAAAUUAAAUAUCAGGAAAUUUCCCCAUUUCUUUUGCCUUUAAGAAAGGAGCUUCAUGUUAAAGCCAAGUCUAAUGCAAGUAACCAGGUGAACAAAUAGUAUCAUGCUUCAUGUGCUGUUCUUAUAAAAUGUUUCAAUUGCAAGAAUGAUAUAAAAACCGAUUUGCACAUCUUAUGUGACAUAUAUAGUUAACCUAUAUCGCCUGCUAGUGGACACACAUUCAUUUACACAUGAGUGAAUUCCUCUUCAGUCCAAUAAUGUUGUCAAGGGCUGUUGUGCAGGUGUUUUUCCUUUAUUUCAGGUUUUGGAUAAUUAAAUAAUUAAUGCACAAUUCAUCCAUAUUCUUUAAGCUGUAUUUAGUGGCGAUACUCUCCAUUCAAUUAUAUGUGCUGGAUAAAUGAAUAUAUUUUAUUUUUCAUUCCCUAUUGUUUUUUUUUCUUUAAAUUAACAUUCUUUGGACUUAUUUGCAAUGAUGUUUCCACAUUAAUUGAUUUUUAAACCCUAGAUAACUCUGUUUUUUAAAUCUUCAGAUAGACAAAAAUAUUUUCUGUACACUUUUAACGAACAAUUUCAGACAAUAUUCCAGGCUGGUAGUUAGACAAAUAUGUUUAAAUAAAAAGCAGACAUAUAUUCUCUAUAAAUAAUCGACUCACAGGUUACCUGUAAAUUAUCCACGCUCAAGUCAACCGGAUAUUAACUUUAAAGUUUCAUGUUUUCAUAACAUUAUCCAUGACAUCACUUUUGAGUGUCUGUGGAAAGAAAUCUGGGCAUUUUUUUUACUGGCAUAUCGUUUCUUUUACUUAUUCCAAAAUUGAACAGUGUAAAAUUACAAUAAUAUUUUAUGAUCAUUUUUCCUUAUAUGAUCUCAAAACGGGACGUAUGCACUUUGGAGAGUCAAAUAACCUAUAAUAUUUUAACAAAAAAAUGGUGUAGUGAGAGAGAAAGGCUAGGGUGCAGUUGUUUAAUUUUUGAAAAGUAUAUCUUUUUUUUUUUUGACUAAAUCCUAAAGUUCUGUGUUUUAUUGUAAUUGAUAGUUAUCGAUAUGCUGCACCUAUCACCGGUGCGUCUCUGACCCGCGCGCAGCACACCACACCCGGACACUGAGGGUCAGAGCUCCGCUGCCGGGCGCCAGGUCCUUCCCUACCGGAACAUCUGCAUGUGAAAUCGCCAUUUCACCCCGCCACACUCCCUAAUUGUUGUAAAAAUUAUUUGUGAAAUUGCUUUCCACCAGGAGUGUUCGCCACGGCAAUUUCCACACAAUCUCAGCGCGCGGCGGUCCCACAGAGCUGAGCACGCGCACAGCCAUUCAACCUAAAGAUUCUGGAGGGUUUUUAUCAUAUGUGCAUAAGUGACUCACAGAUCUCGCGGAAAAACGGUAAAGCGACUUACACUCUUAAAAUGAAGUUUCAGCAAGAGUCACAAGGGUUUUUCGACCAUUUUCUAGUUGUUCAGAAAAAAGCAUCCACUGUAAAACAUGAUUUUCAUGAUUUAUCACAACAUGUUUUCUUUUGUUAAAUCAACUUAGAUAAUUAAUGUGGUUCGGAUAACAUAAUAUUUUUAGUUUCUGGUGAUCGCCUUCAUUGUAUCAAAUUAAAUUUUUAAUUUUAAUGUACUCAAAAUUUUAAGGCAACCAGCUAACAUACUAUUUUAAGUUAAACCAACAUUAUUAUUAUUUUUUUCACAGUGUUUCAAAACUAAAACACUGAGCUGAAGAACCACAACUUUUCAAUCUCUGAAGAACAACUCUAUCCAGGUAAGAUUCUUGUUAAGAAGAGGGUUUCAGAAUUGAAAAAGCUUUAUUUUUGUUGUAUAUCAGAUGCAUUAUUAUUAGUAUCGUCAAUGCUAUAUGAAGUAUUCUAUCUAUAUUGAAUAUGUCAGUUGUUUCAGGCCAUUUCUUCAUCAGUUCUUGUACAUCAUCAUCACCUCAAUCUCAAAGUCCAACGCAUUAAACUGGCGUUUCAGUUCAAAUGAGAGAUGAAUGAAAACUCAUUGUAACAUUUCCUGUGUUGAUUUAGAGAGAGAGUGGGAGGGUAUGUUGUGCGUGUGUGUUUUCUGCAAAGUUCCACCCGAUUGGACGGCAGGUCUUGGGCAUUACCCUUUCUCUCCAUGCCGAAUAAAAGAGUGCUGAAGAGCCUAUCGCAGCGCGCGCUUCCUCCUCCCACUAUGUGCACCAAAGUUGGCCACUUAAACUCCUCUCAGGCAGCAAACAGGAGCUGUAAUCAAAACUAGCAGAUCAUCUCACUAAUAUUUGCUUCAGAGCACUUUUCAUGCUUUACUCUGCUCUUGUUUUGGGGUAUUCACUGUAAGAACAAAUCUUGAGUUUUUCUUCUGCACACUGGGCAUUGUCCACUGGUGUGUGUGUGUGAGAGAGAGAGUGUGUGUGUUUGGAUUGCUCUUUAAAUUCUUUGGAUCCGUUACUGUUUCCACGGCGCAAACAACACUGGAGCUUUCUGUGUGAUUGAUUUCUUUAAUUUAUUAGUGAGAGUUUAAAUUGUUUGGGAGUAGCUGGAAUGGCUACUUUACCAGGAACAGUUCCUCGAAUGAUGCGGCCAGCGCCAGGCCAGAACUACCCCAGAACCGGAUUCCCAUUAGAAGUCUCAACGCCUCUGGGUCAAGGUCGCGUGAACCAGCUCGGUGGAGUUUUCAUCAACGGAAGGCCACUGCCAAAUCACAUUCGACACAAAAUAGUGGAAAUGGCCCAUCACGGCAUUCGCCCCUGCGUGAUCUCCAGACAACUGCGAGUCUCACACGGAUGCGUGUCCAAAAUCCUCUGUCGGUACCAGGAGACCGGUUCCAUUCGUCCGGGAGCAAUAGGUGGAAGUAAACCCAGGCAAGUUGCAACACCCGACGUUGAAAAGAGAAUUGAGGAAUACAAACGCGAGAAUCCAGGGAUGUUCAGCUGGGAAAUCCGGGAUAAGUUGCUGAAGGACGGGGUGUGUGACAGAGGCACGGUUCCUUCAGUUAGCUCCAUUAGUCGGGUUUUGAGAGCUCGUUUUGGCAAGAAAGAUGACGAUGACGACUGUGAUAAAAAAGAUGAAGACGGAGAAAAGAAAACCAAGCACAGCAUCGAUGGGAUUCUCGGGGACAAAGGUAACCGUACAGACGAAGGUUCAGAUGUGGAGUCGGAGCCAGACCUGCCCUUGAAGAGGAAACAGAGACGCAGCCGUACCACCUUCACGGCGGAGCAGCUGGAGGAGCUCGAGAAGGCCUUCGAGAGGACACACUACCCCGACAUCUACACCAGAGAGGAGCUCGCACAGAGGACCAAACUGACCGAGGCUCGUGUACAGGUCUGGUUUAGCAACCGAAGAGCACGGUGGCGCAAACAAGCAGGAGCAAAUCAGCUGGCAGCGUUCAACCACUUGUUGCCCGGAGGGUUUCCGCCUACCGGCAUGCCAACCUUACCCACCUAUCAGCUUCCAGAGUCAACGUAUCCCAGCACCACUCUCUCGCAAGAUGGCAGCAGUACGUUGCACCGGCCGCAGCCUCUGCCGCCUUCCUCCAUGCAUCAGGGUGGGCUCUCGGCUGACAGUAGCUCUGCAUACGGCCUCUCGUCCAACCGCCACACCUUCUCCAGCUAUUCAGAAACUUUUAUGAGCCCGUCAGCUUCAAGCAACCACAUGAAUCCCGUGAGCAACGGCCUUUCGCCACAGGUGAUGAGUAUUUUGAGUAACCCCAGUGCCGUCCCGUCCCAGCCUCAGCACGAUUUCUCCAUUUCUCCUCUCCACGGCAGUCUGGAGGCGUCUAACCCCAUCUCAGCGAGCUGCAGCCAGCGUUCAGACCCCAUCAAGAGUGUGGACAGUCUGGCCUCCUCUCAGUCCUACUGUCCCCCCACAUACAGCGCCACCAGCUACAGCGUGGACCCCGUCACCGCUGGAUACCAGUACAGCCAGUACGGCCAGACCGCUGUGGACUACCUGGCCAAGAAUGUGAGUCUCUCGACUCAGAGGAGGAUGAAGCUGGCCGAUCAUUCGGCGGUGCUGGGACUUCUGCAGGUGGAGACGGGACAGGCGUACUGAGUCAAACGCUCUCAGAUGCACACACACCUCCUUCGACCAGGUGGAGCUGUUUACCGCAUCGGCCGGCACAAGGUUUCUCUCUGAUUUUCAAGACAAAACUCUUGCCAUUCCAUUCGACGUGACCUUCUCGUGGCGAUUCUGGGCUUGUCACGAACCUCUGACUCGGACAAGAGGACCACGCAGCAGCCGCAAGCACGUCGACGGACAGCAAGAACGCAUUCCGAGCCAUUUCCAAAACAUACUUUCACCUCGCUGUGCAUAGUCGUGUAUGAAUCUCAGUGUCAUUACAACAGAUAAUCUCGCUUGUUUUCUAUCGGUAUUGUUAUUACGAUUGCCCUUACAGUUGUUGUAAUUAUGAUUAUCGUAACUAUUGUUUACGUUUCGUUGUUUCAAGAUCCACACGUAGCAUUUUUUACUAAUUUGAACCCGAAGUUUUUUACGUGAAAUGCUAGCAGUGGGCUAGUGUGUGUGUUGGAAGUGUGACUGCUGGUUUUCCACUUUCCAGGUUCCCCUCACCCCAAGAGCCGUAAUGUUCCCGAGCGGUUUGACCUUCUCCGCCUUCAUUUUUCACUUGACAUUCCAUGCGAACCUGGCCACUCUGUGGGAAGUCUGGCUUUAGGCAUUCUGCUGGGAAUUAGCAGUGCUUUUAGAGGAUCGGUCAUUUUUCUCUCGCCUCAAAUGCCCGUUUUGUCCAUAGUGAUUAUCUGGGGGGAAGAAAACAGCAUUGUUUGGAAAACAAUUGUGACUUUUUAAAUUCGUUCAUUUUCUAGAGAGAAGAAACACUUGCCCUCAAACUAAAUCAAGUCAAGAGAUGCUGUUUCAAACAUGAAUAUUAUGAUUUUGAGUUAAGCAAUGCAAACAUUUUAGACCAAGGUUUUUAGACCAAGUACACUAUCGUUCAAAAGUUUGGGCUCGGCGUGAUAUUUUUAAAUGUUUUUAAAAAAAGUCUCUCAUGCUCACCAAGGCUGCAUUUAUUUGAUCAAAAAUACUGUAAAAAAAGGUAAA